AUGUUUGUGAAGGAGCCACGUUUAACUAUUGCUGUUGUGAACAGCUUUGUUGGAGUAUCUCUGUUGACACUGCCAUUCUGUUUUCAACAGUGCGGCAUUAUCCUGGGCUCCCUCCUGCUGGUCUCCUGCUCCUGGAUGACUCACAGCUCCAGUCUGAUGUUGCUUAAAGCAGCAGUCGCUGCUAAUCGCAAAACAUACUUUGGUCUCGCUCAAACCUCGUAUGGAAUACCUGGAAAAUUAGUCGUUGAAAUAAGUAUGAUUGGAUUGAUGCUGGGAACAAGUAUUGCUUUCUUUGCUGUGCUUGAAGAUCUGGGAACCAACCUCUUCCUGGCUUUAACUGGAUCCCUGAGUACCCCAUGGCAGCGUGCUUUAGUGCUGCUUGCUAUCACCUCUGGCGUGGUUCUCCCUCUCAGCCUGGCGAGAAAGGUGUCAGACUCAACCUGGCAAAUGCUGAUCUCUCUCAUGUUCUACGUGUUAUUAAUGAUUGUGCUGCUGCUAUACUGCCUGAACUCCAUGAUAUCUGGUGAACUGGUGAUGGAGAAAGUCCGCUUCUGGCAGUGGCCAGGAAUUGCCACCACCCUGCCAAUAUUUGCCACUUCCUUCUGCGGUCACCCGCUGGUGCUUCCAAUGUACUUCAACCUCAGAGGGCAAUCUGUGGAGCAGAUGAACGUGAUCUGCAAGCAAGCAACCAUCACCACCUUUGCAUUUUACACAGUAGUUGGAGUCUGUGGCUAUCUGACGCUGGUUGAAGCUGUACCGGGCGAUAUACUUGCUGCUCUACCCCCGAGUUUUGCAACACACGGCACCCGUGCUAUAUUUUUAAUCUCACUCACACUGAGCUUCCCACUGGUCAUUCUACCCUGUCGACAAGCCAUUAGCACGCUCCUUUUUGAACAAGAGAAAGAAGAUGGCACAUUCUCAGUGAGUGGAGAUAUGCCCCUUUGUCAGCAUGUAAUAACUACAAUGGUGAUAGUUUAUGGUACCAUGAUCAUGGGUAUCCUGGUACCAGAUGUGCAGACUGUGUUAGCAAUCAUCGGAACCACUAUGGGAACAGUCAUCUGCUUCAUUUGCCCAUCUGUAUUUCAUGCGAAACUACGGAAAGAUACUUUCACAGGAAGAAUUGUUCUGGGUUUCGGAAUCCUCUUGCUCCUUAUCCGUGCAUCAAGCAUCACUGAUUUAAAUGGGGAAGAGCUCCAAUUACAGCCAAUCCGGAAAUCCAGGGUGCCCGAUGAAUCAGGAAAUGCAAAGAUUGCAUUAAGGAGUGGAGGAUCAGCAGUGGUUGCCAUGAGACCAGACCAUGUCCAACCUGUUCCUAGGUUGCCAUCCGGGUUAAAAGUGUUUCAGCCAUCUGGAGAAAUGCCCAGCCAUUUCGGAAGAAGAUGCUGCCAGACCCGCUGAGCUUUUCCAGCAAUUUCUGUUUUUUUGUAUCUGAACAGCAGUGUGGUGAGAGUGGCUAACAAGAAAGAAUCCAUUGUAGCGAUUCUCCAACAAGGAAAGUAUUGCCUGGAGACUGUCUGUCAAGUAAGGACGAUAUCGCUGUGGGUCCCAUGGUAAUGGUGCUCUUUAUUUCUUCGAUGAAGAGCAACUGGAUAGCUCUUUUGGCACAAUGCUGUACAUGCACAGAUUGCUAUGACAACAGACAGAACAGCCACAUAACCUCAAAGAAUUGCAACAGUCAUUAAAACAAUUAGUAUCAACCAAUCGUCACCAAUUCACAGGUUUUGAAGGAUAGGCCAGUACAGUGAGAGGUCACUUCCUGAAGAACUCAAGAUCAGGUGUGCAAAAUGAAGCCUUUGAAUUACAAAUAGAUCCAAUGCUUUUUGACAUUACACUAAAUUCAUUAAACAAUGCAUUAAAUGCACAGACAGCUCCCACACUGCCAUUCUGCUGUUGAGGUAAGACCACAGUUACACUAUUUAAAACAACACUGAGGCCUACUAGCUCAUUGAAGAAACUCCUUUAUGUUGACAAAUGCUUUAUAUUAUGGUUACGUGGUGUAAACAUAGUCUUACACAAUCAUGGCCCUCACCAUGAAAAUAGCCAAACAAUUUUUACUGUUUUAAUAAAAGCAGGAAAUGUUGGAGAAACUCAGCAGGUCUGACAGCAUCUGAGGAGACAGAAAGCAAAGCUAACAUUUCUUUGGAACU